ACAACACGCCUCUCUCACCACACGCCCAACCCAAGCCGCACGACACACGACACCACUAUGACUUCGUCCAUUUUCUACAAAUUCAAAAACUCCAGGGAUAGCGAACGCAUAAUCUUCAAUGGCACUGAUCUAAGCGUCUUCGAACUUAAGAAGGAGAUCAUCAGCGCGAGCGGCCUGGGCGAUGGAACCGACUUCAACCUCCACAUCUUCCCGCAAGAUGAUCCAGCUUCAGAAUACAAGGACGAUACUACACUUAUACCACGAUCCUCCACCGUCAUCGCGAUACGACGCCCUGCUCCAAAAGGGCAGGGCAGGGCAGCACGCUAUGUCACAGGCAAGGCGCCGUCACGCGCAAUCACUACACAAACCAAGCCUGCGGCGCCUCUGCCUCAAGCGAAUAAUGCAACACCAGAAGAUGCUGAGGCAGCUUUCCUGGCAGAAUCCGCCAUGGCAUGGGAUGCCCAGAAAGAGGCUCUUUCACACGCGAAGCCGGUCUAUCGCAAGAACAACACCAAGAAUGUAGUUGUCCCGUCGCACCCACCGCCACCAGGUUACGUCUGCCGCCGCUGCAACAUCAAAGGUCACUGGAUACAGGCCUGCCCAACCAACGACGACCCCGACUUUAAGCCCGCCUUCCAGGCCAAACGCACAACUGGUAUACCACAGUCCUUCUUGAAGAAGGUUGAGAAGCCUGUCGACGAGGAAGCUGCGAAGGGCAUCAUGCUCAACGCUGAUGGAGAAUAUGUACAGGUCAUGACAGACACAAAGGCAUGGGAUAAAUUUCAAGAGAAGACAAACGCAUCACGUGCGCGCGCAGCGAGUGCUGAUGCCGCCAGCAAGGAGCUCCGCGAACGCGGACUCGAAUGCCCAAUCGACAAUCAGAGAUUUGUUGACCCUGUCAAGACUCCAUGUUGUGGUAAGACAUACUGCCGCGAGUGCAUCGAUAAUGCGCUUGCAGAUGGUGAUUUAGUUUGCCCCAACUGUGCAAAGGAGGAUGUUUUGAUGGAUGAUCUUAUUGCCGACGAUGAUAUGGUCAAGUCUCUCAAGGCAUACGACGCAGAGAAGGCAGCAGAGAAGGAGAAGGCAGCAAAGGCAGCAGUUGCUUCAACAAAUGAAUCAGUUUCUCAAUC